AUGCCAAAUUAUGUUGCUUCUCGUGAUUAUCCUGCUCGAAUAGAAGAUAUAGUCAAGGAACAAUAUCGGAUGAUAGGGAAACUUGGAUUUGGGGCCAGUUCGAUCGUCUGGCUUGCGCGGGAGAUGAACUACCGUCGCUACGUUACCCUCAAAAUCUAUAUCACAUCUGAACCUGUCGGCCAGCAAUUGGAUGACGAGCUUCACAUGUACAAGGAUAUCAAGGCUGACAAGAACAUGUUUGGCAAGGGCGAUGACUCUGUCUUCGAGAACUUUGUUGAACAAGUGCUUCAGACGCCGCGUCCGAGGAAGGAGCUUGAUGAGAAAAUCACAUGCGUUUCUCAGAAGUCAAAGCAUACAGAGGAUUUUCAACCUGAUGUCUAUCGAGCGCCGGAAGUCAUCCGAAGGGCUCCCUGGACGCUGAGACACAAGUUCUUCACCGAUCGAGGUGACUUCUGUGCUGGUAUAGCACUCCCCUAG